GCUGUGAAUUGAAUUGAAUUGUAACGUAUGCAGUUGUUGACUUUCUGGAAUUGGAUUUCUCUUGUCAUUUUGGCUUUCGCUUUCUUCUUCUUCUUCUUCUUCUUCUACUCUCAAACGCACCCAGCUUCUCCUCCUUCUCCUUCUACCAUGGCUGAACAAACCUCCAAAUCUCUUUACGAUUUCACUGUCAAGGACAUCCGUGGAAAUGAUGUGAGUUUGAGUCAAUACAGUGGGAAGGUUCUUAUAAUUGUGAAUGUUGCUUCACAAUGUGGUUUGACGCAAACAAAUUACAAAGAAUUGAAUAUACUGUACGAGAAGUACAAGAGUAAAGGGCUUGAAAUCUUGGCAUUUCCAUGCAACCAGUUUGCUGGACAGGAGCCAGGAACCAAUGAUGAAAUUCAGGAUGUUGUGUGCACAAGGUUCAAAUCUGAAUUUCCAGUCUUCGAUAAGGUUGAAGUGAAUGGGAAGAAUGCAGAACCACUCUUCAAGUUUUUGAAGGAUCAGAAAGGGGGAAUAUUUGGAGAUGGUAUCAAGUGGAACUUCACAAAGUUCUUAGUGAACAAAGAAGGGAAGGUUGUGGAGAGAUAUGCUCCUACCACCUCUCCUAUGAAAAUUGAGAAGGACCUCGAGAAGCUCUUACAAUCUUCUUGAGCAGUAUGGUUCUAUGGAACACCUUAUCUUGAGGACGCAGGCAAUCUGUCUAGUGCGCUUUCAAACAAUACAUAGCUUCGCAAAGCAUGUUGCAUUUUCAAUUUAUGACCUAAAAAAUUCUUAAUAUGUACUCGUGUAUUUGGUUUAUGCAGUAUGUAUAAUUUGGUGUUCUUACUUGCGUAGCUAAAUAUUAAAAAUAAUGUACUGGGAAUUUGAGAUGUAUGUUCGUUUUAUUCUGCACGGUCCAUCCUCCAUACAUUGAUUUGUGUAUUACAUAUCUACAAAAUACAUUUUAUAGCAUGUUUGAAUUA